GUGGCUUGGCGCCAGGUGUCUGGAUGGUUGUCAUCGUUUAGUGCGUGGUCUGAAAAACGACAACAAAAAUGGAUAAAUGUGAGACUACUUUCAACUAAAUUAGCUAUAUUAAGUACAAAAAGCGACUACGCAAUCAGCUAUUUACCAUUGAAAUUGUGUUGUGCUAAAAUGGGUCUUGAUUUCGACAUUCGUGAAUUCCUUAAUCACAUCAGAGCAACUAAACCGCCAUAUGAAUGUCCUGCAAAAGACUGCGGCAAAAUCUACAAAAGUUUCGCGGGCAUUCAGUUCCACUUGUUCAACUUCAAUCACGAAAAUCCCGGCAGUUCUUUGCCGACAUCACAGUCACCUCAGCAAGCUUUGACUUAUGCUGAAGCACAGAAGAUUGUUGAACUUGAAAUUGAUAACAAACUUCAAAGGAUAAACAUCUUUGAUGCCAUAAAUUUUGUGGACAAAGAGGACUAUGAAAACGAAGUUCCUGUGAAAAAUGAAGAGACACAUAUUCAGGAUUUUCCUAAAACACCAAUCCAUAAAAGUCACACACCAAAACAUCUCCAGAAGAAGACACCUAAACCUGUGGAACCCCCAGUGCGCAAAGAAGAAAAGGUUUCUCCUCCAAAGCUCCCAGAAGCAUCGUUUGCAAUCCUUGAAACAUGGAAUCAACCAGAUGCCCCAGAACGUCCAAAAUCUUACUAUCGUUUCAUUGAGAAGUCUCCUGAUGAAAUGGAAGAUGAGGUUGAAUUUGAUAUGGAUGAAGAUGAUUUCACUUGGUUAGAAUUGAUAAACAAACAAAGGAGAUUUGAAAAUCUUUCAGAAGUCAACCCAGAAUCAUUUGAAUUACUGAUGGAUCGCCUAGAAAAAGAGUCUUACUUUCAGAUGCAGAGUUCUGGAAAAGAUCAAGGUCCACCGAUCGACGAAGACGCUGAAUGUUGCAUAUGCAUGGACGGUGAAUGCCAAAACAGUAACGUGAUCCUCUUCUGUGAUAUGUGCAAUCUUGCUGUCCAUCAAGAAUGCUAUGGUGUACCAUAUAUUCCCGAAGGCCAAUGGUUGUGUAGAAGAUGUUUGCAGUCGCCUUCGCGAGCAGUUGACUGCGCUCUGUGUCCAAAUCGAGGCGGUGCUUUCAAACAAACGGAUGAUAACCGAUGGGCUCACGUUGUCUGUGCGUUGUGGAUACCAGAAGUCUGCUUCGCUAACACAGUCUUCCUGGAACCUAUUGACAGCAUUCAAAACAUUCCCGCAGCACGAUGGAAACUAACUUGCUAUAUUUGCAAGGAACGAGGAGCUGGAGCUUGUAUUCAGUGUCACAGAGCCAACUGCUACACGGCCUUCCAUGUCACUUGCGCACAACAAGCUGGACUUCACAUGAAGAUUGACACGGCCAAAGAUUCGCCAAGCAGCGGACCCAAUAUCAGUAUUCGCAAAGCCGCCUACUGCGAUGCUCACACACCGGCCGAUUCCGAUUCAAAACCGAUGGUUGGUGAUCUCGGAAUAGGCGAGGCAAUUCGUAAAGCCCAAUCAAAAGCUGCUUUCCGUGAGAAAAUGCGCAAGGCUCGUAAAAUCCUGGCCGAGAAGCGUUCUGCAGCUCCCAUCAUUUCCAUACCCACUAUACCACCAGAACGUGUUCAGGAAAUCGCUUCUUCCGUUCCACAUAUUCAAGGAAAAAUCAGGUUUAUUCAGCGGUUGAUCGCUUAUUGGACCCUAAAGCGGCAAUCCAGGAAUGGAGUACCUCUUUUGCGUCGCCUGCAGACUAGUCAUCCUUCGCGAAGACCAGCCUCUUCAGCAGCAACGGGGUCCGCCUCUGGGUCAGGAUUGGGCAAUGAUCCUCUUAUUCAGCCUGAUGAUCUUUUGGGACAAUUGCGCUAUUUUCAGCGACUUCGACAGGAUUUGGAACGAGCUCGGCUUUUAUGCGAGUUGAUUCGCAAAAGAGAAAAAACAAAGAGGGAGCUAAUGCGGAUCAAAGAAAAAGAACUGGAACUUCAAAUUUACCCAUUUCAGUACCUGAUGCGACGUUUGUUGCAAACUCUCAAGGAACGCGAUACCAACGACAUCUUCGCAGAUCCUGUUGACACCAGUCAAGUGCCAGACUAUCUCGAUUUCAUCCAACAGCCCAUGGACUUUUCCACCAUGUCGAACAAGUUAGAUGCUGGCCAGUAUCCGACACUGGAAGCUUUCGAAAAAGAUUUCAACCUCAUGAUCCAAAAUUGCAUGAUCUACAACUCCCCUCAAACCAUGUAUUACAAGCAGGCCAUCAAGCUCAAAGAAGGUGCUCAAGUGCUUUUCAGACAACUUCGCAAGGAUUUGGAAACAUUAGUCAUCAGCAAUAACAGCAGUGACACUACCAAUAAUAUAAUCCAGCCACAGCAACCGUUGGAAAUAAGCCAACAGGAAGCAAAAGUGGAAGAAAUUGACAAGUACGUCUCGGAAAAGUACCGCGAAUCUGACUCGCUGGAACAGCAACUUUCUAAACUGGAAGAAUUUCUCCGCAAAGCUCAACAAAUGCCAUCCGGACCGCUCAAAGUGAAGCGGAUCCGCGUAUUGAGAAAUGAAUUAGCCAAAGUUCGUAGGAAAUUAUCCUUGCAAGCUGGUGGUAGAGCGGCAGCUACCCGGAGCAGUAGCACCAGUCCUUCUAAAUCACGGCCUGAAAAUGAAACACGUGGUGAAGCAAGCAGUGACUCGGAUUCAAGUGGGAAUAGUAGCAGCGAGAGUAGCAGCAGCAGUAGCAGUACUACUAGCAAAAGCAGUAGUGAUUCCAGCAUGGCUGGCCCUCAAGUAAAGGCUUCUCCACGAGUUGCAAUGGCUGCCCGCCAACUCAAGAUAGAUCACUUCAUCACUCGCGCACCCAAGACCGACUCGGAUGAAAAGAACACGCCAUCUGUUACGAACAAGAAUCGUUUGGUAGCGAAAGUCAUGAAACGGAAUAUCACUCCAGUGUCCGCACCUGUAACAUCCACUCCGGUUGCCGUUGCUGUAACUCCAGCAGCAGCAGCAACGCCAGUAACACCUGAAUUAGAGACCAUUGCAGCUCCAGUGCCAGUUACCCCCGUCAAGGUCAACUCCGUGAAUCCCCAACAGCUGACUGGGUCCCCAUCAGGUGUUAAUAGACGGACGGCUGUACUUUUCACGAAGAAAGCGGCGGCUGCAGCGGCUUUUAAGAAACCUGAUCCGUCCGGAAGUAGCUCUCCACCUCGAAGGCCGGUUGGCAGACCCCGGAAAUUUUCGGAAAAUAGUUCCACCCAACCAGGACCGAGUGGCAGUAGCUCAAGUUCCUCAACUAAUCUUUUUGUGGCCGCUGCAGCUGCAGCCACAGAUCUAAACAAAAGGAAGAAACAGAAGCAUCCGGAGAGUGAUAAGCUAUUCGCUUCAGUUCAACAGCCUGGAGCUAUUCAUCUUCCUAAUAUUGAAAGCGAAAGCUUUAAAGUAUAUCGAACGAACAGGCUGGAUGACGAAGAAGAUUCGCAUCGAGGAUCGAGUGGAUCGUCUGGAAGUGAAGGAAGUAGCAGUGGAAGUAGCAGCAGCGAUUCGGAUUCCGGUGAUGAAUCUGAUCGCCAAUCAAGUGACGAUAGUUCGGCAUCUCCUCCCAGGCAUCGUCACAACUCUGCUUCUCUCUUGCCUUGUAAUUUAAUUCCAUUGCAACCACUGGAUCUCGUCUGGGCAAAAUGUCGAGGUUAUCCUUGGUAUCCAGCUCUGAUUGUUGACCCAUCCUGGCCCAGGAGUGGCUAUGUGCACAAUGGAGUUCCGAUAGCAAUUCCUCCUGAUGAUGUUCUCAUAAUGGGAACCGGUAUUCAACCUCCAGCCUUUCUAGUUCUCUUCUUCGAUGCCAAACGGACAUGGCAAUGGUUGCCAAGAGAUAAGUUGGAACCACUGGGAGUGGAUCCUGAUCGUGAUAAAGCAAAAUUGAUCGAGUCCAAGAAACAGACGGAGCGCAAGGCCGUCAAAAAAGCUUUCGAAGAGGCUACUUUGCACCAGUGCAGAGUUGCUGGGCAAAGUAGUGCCCUCUCCGAAGAUUCCGAUUCGAGUCACUGAAAGUUAAUUUCCCAUUUUAAACCUCAUAUUCUUGUUCGAUUUCCCAUCACGUUUGCUUAAUUCGUAGCGAAUAUUCAGACGUACGUGUUCUAAUUGAUGUAAACUCAUUUUUAAGUAAAACAAAAACAAAAAAA